AUGUUCCGCAGGGUGGGGUGGCUGGUUCCAUACAGCCUUGCAGUGUUGCUGCUCAGCUGCCUGUUCUUUCUGAAGAAGGAGGCCAAGCCAGCGGGGGGGCUCGUGGCCCGACAGCCCUUCUGGGCUCCCCCAGGGCUCCGGCGCAGCCCAUGUCUACCCAACCACACGGUGGCUAACGCCUCCCUGUUCCUGCCCACCCGUCACCGCCUAUUCUUGACCUACCGCCACUGCCGCAACUUCUCCAUCCUGCUGGAGCCUUCGGGCUGUGCCGAGGACACCUUUCUGCUCCUGGCCAUCAAGUCGCAGCCCGGCCACGUGGAGCGGCGCGCGGCCAUCCGCAGCACGUGGGGCCGGGCGGGAAGCUGGGCUAAGGGCCGGCAGCUGAAGCUGGUGUUCCUCCUGGGGUUGGCAGGGCCUGCUCCCCCGGCUCAGCUGCUGGCCUAUGAGAGCCACGAGUUUGAUGACAUCCUGCAGUGGGACUUUGCUGAGGACUUCUUCAACCUGACACUCAAAGAGCUGCACCUGCAGCGCUGGGUGGCUGCCGCCUGUCCCCAGGCCGAUUUCGUACUAAAAGGAGAUGAUGACGUCUUUGUCCAUGUCCCCAAUGUGCUGGAGUUCCUGGAUGGCUGGGACCCAGCCCAGGACCUCCUCGUGGGGGACGUCAUCCGCCAGGCCCUGCCCAACAGGAACACCAAGGUCAAAUAUUUCAUCCCACCCUUGAUGUACAGGGCCCGCCACUACCCGCCCUAUGCUGGGGGUGGGGGGUAUGUCAUGUCCAGAGCCACCGUGCAGCGCCUCCAGGUGACUGUGGAAGAGGCUGAACUCUUCCCCAUUGAUGACGUCUUUGUGGGGAUGUGCCUUAGAAAGCUGGGGGUGAGCCCCAUGCACCACGCUGGCUUCAAGACUUUUGGAAUCCGGCGGCCCCUGGACCCUCUAGACCCCUGUCUGUACCGAGGGCUCCUUCUGGUCCACCGCCUCAGCCCCCUGGAGAUGUGGACCAUGUGGGCACUGGUAACAGACGAGGGGCUCAAGUGUGCAGCUGCCCCCUUGUCCCAGCUUCCUGGGGUGGGCUGA